CUCAGCUUUCUCCCCGCCGCGCCAAAACACACACACGGCACGAGUCAGUCUACCCCGCGCCUGGUCUCCCCGCCACCACCGGCACCACCAAUCCGGCCGCCAUGUCUAACUUGCUCCUCCUGCUCCUCUUCCUGGCCAUAGCCGUCAAACUGACGCCCGCCUCCGCGCAACCAGCACCGGCGUCACCAGUCAAGGAGGAUGACGUGCGGUGCCUCCGCGGCAUCGAGCAAAGCCUCAAAGACCCCGACGGCCGCCUCUCCUCCUGGACCUUCACCAACACCACGCCCGGCGCCAUCUGCAAGCUCGCCGGCGUCGCCUGCUGGAACCGGCUGGAGUCGCGCGCCCUCGCCCUCUCCCUCUCCGGCUUCGGCCUCCAGGGUGCCGUACCCUCCUCGCUCCAGUACUGCCGGUCCACAAACACGCUGGACCUCUCCAACAACUCUCUCUCUGGGCCGAUCCCGCCCGCGUUCUGCGACUGGCUCCCUUUCCUCGUCAACCUCGACCUCUCCGGCAACCGCCUCUCCGGCCCCCUCCCCUCCGAGCUCGCCAACUGCGUCUUCCUCAACUCGCUUAAGCUCAAUGGCAACACCCUCUCUGGCCAGAUCCCCGCAUCUCUCUCGCGGCUGAGCCGCCUCAGGUCGCUCCACCUCUCUGACAACCGGCUCGAGGGCCAGAUCCCGCCCCAGCUCGGCGCAGCCUUUCCAAACGAGUCCUUCUCCGGGAACCCUGGUUUGUGCGGACCUCCGGUUUCCCCGCGCUGCGGCCGCGGGCUUGGUGUAUAAUGAUUUAUUUACUACCGUUUCAAAUACACUUUUGUCAAACCAUUUUAUGUUCAAUCAUGGAUUCUGAGAAUCAUGAGUUGGGUGCUUUAAAUUUCAACUGUGAUGAUAGCACACCGUCAGAUUGAUAAUUAGAUGUCAUAUGGAAUAUUUUCAUAAUGUGUAGCUCUUGCUAUUUAAGGCAACAUGUUCUUAUAAAAACUAAGGGUCCACAUAUCUGAAAAUACCAAUCGGAACCUGGCAACGCGCGAGGAUGAAAGUGGAGCCAAUCACAGCUGACAACAUGUGUAUUUUCAGCAGUAUAUGAUAUGUAUGUCUUGGUCACGGCUUCGUAUUCAUUAAAUCAUCCAUCCUCUUUUCUCCUUCCUUCUUUAACGCGGGGCAACGAUCACACUGUACAAGUCCAUAAUUGCUGCAAGGUACUGUGCGACAAGUUCAGCCCUCUUCAAAGCCACCCAGUCACCCACCACUAACCACUGGUCAUUUCCUCUUGAGCUCUUCAUGGCAGCAAGCUCCUCUGGCCGGCAUGCUUCUCCGCUCAAGAUGCAUGGCAGCGAACUCUUGGCCGACGUGAUCCUCUGGGUGAGCUCCACGGCAUCGAGCUCUUCCAGCCGCUGUGCUCGUCCGUGCGAUCUCGAUGCAGCGAGUCCCUCCGGCCGCAAUGGUCCUCGGCGCAAGCUGCAUGGCAGCGAGAUCUCAGGCCGUGUGCUCCUCCGAAGGUGGACGCGUGCU